UCGUGAUAAAUAAGUUGCUCUACAAUUAUCAUCUCAUUUAACAAUAUUGAGUUCUUGCCUAGUUCCAACGUAAUAAUAUCUCUUAUGAUGAUUGAUGAAUUUAUAUUUUCAGCCAAAUCAAAAUUCAUAAAAAAAUAGAAAAAUAGCUUAUUGGUGGAACAAUUAUUCGAAUUAAAUACCAUCCUAGCCGAAUCAAACAUCACAUUUAAUUCCAGACGGCAAGACAGAUAACUUGAAUUCCCCUUCGAGUUAAGCUGGAAUGCAGAACUCAAGUCAAUGACUCGUCAUCUUUUAUCUCACUUCCGAGUUUUUUCAACUCAGUGCAAUAAAAGAAUCCGAGACUUGUGCAAACUUGGCAAGGUAGAUGAUGCACGCAAGUUAUUUGACAAAAUGUCUCAAAGAGAUAAUGUGAGUUGGGACACUAUGAUCUCUGGGUAUACCCGAAACAAUCGGAUUAUGGAUGCCCAGCUCCUUUUUGAUGCAUUUCCUGGUAAAAAUGUUAGAACUUGGACUGCAAUGUUGACUGGGUAUGCUAAUGUUGGAUUACUUGAUGAAGCUUGUAAGGUUUUUGAUUCAAUGCCGGAGAAAAAUAUCAUAUCUUGGAACGCUAUGAUUAAUGGGUUUGUGCUUAAUGGAGAUUUGAGUUCGGCAAAGAAGAUGUUUAAUGACAUGCCUGAGAGAAAUAUUGCUUCUUGGAAUAAUAUGAUUACUGGGUAUUGUCAUUGUGGUAUGAUGAGGGAAGCAAUGGAGCUUUUCGUGCACAUGCCGGAGAAAAAUGAAGUUUCUUGGAUGAUUAUGAUAUCUGGUUAUGUUAAGAUACAUAUGUUUUUUGAAGGUUGGAAUCUGUUUGGAAGGAUGCACCAAAGUGGUUUGUUGCCUGAUCAGCCGAUGUUAGUUGUUGUUUUAACGGCUAUAAUUGGUAUAGCGGCUUUGAAUUUAGUUGAUAGUGUACGUAGCAUUGUGAUAAAAACUGGGUACGAGGAGGAUGUUGUUAUUGGCACUUCGAUUUUAAAUGCCUAUACAAGAAGCGGGGAGUUGGACAUGGCAAAUGAUUUUUUCAGUAGAAUGCCGAUGAGGAAUGAAUUCUCAUGGACGACUAUGAUUACUUCUUUUUCACAGUGCGGAAGAUUAGAUGAAGCAGUUGCAUUCUACAGGAGGAUUCCUGAGUCGACUGUUUAUUCGCAGACAGCCAUUAUGACUGCAUAUGCUCAGAACGGAAGAAUCUUGGAUGCUGAGGGAUUGUUAAAAAAGAUUCAAAAUCCAAAUAUAAUUACUUGGAAUGCUAUGGUUUCUGGGUAUUGUCAAAAUGGAAUGAUUGAUGAGGCAAAAGAUGUAUUUUUGCGUAUGCAAACUAGAAAUUCAGCUUCUUGGGCGGCUAUGAUUUCCGGGCUUGCACAAAAUGAACAUUAUGAGGAAGCUCUGUAUUUGUUCACAGAGCUCCAUAGUUUAGGACACGUUCCAACUCAUUCUUGUUUCACUAGCUGUAUAUUUGCCAGUGCACAACUUGGAUCGGUUGAGAUUGGAAAACAAAUUCAUGGUUUGGCUAUAAAAAGGUGCUGCCAGCAUAACUCCUUUGUCGCAAAUGCCUUGAUUUCUAUGUAUUCUAAGUGCAAGAAUAUAGAAGAUGUUUCACAAGUAUUCAAAACAUUGGGAUCAAAGGACAUUGUGGCCUGGAAUUCCCUUAUAACUGGACUUUCGCACAAUCACAUGCUCGUAAAAGCUCGUGAUACCUUUGAAAAGAUGCCUGAACGUGAUGUUGUGUCGUGGACUGCUAUAAUGUCUGCAUAUGUACAAGCUGGAGACGUUGAUUCAGCCCUGCGUUUGUUCGUUGAGAUGUUGGCAAGAAAUUUGAGACCUAACGAGCUAACAUUGACUUGUAUUCUAAGUGCGUGUGGGAGUGCUUGUGCGAUUAAGCUCGGUGAACAGAUUUAUGGAUUACUCAACAAGCUUGGAUUUGAGUCAUAUUUAUCUAUUAAUAACGCCUUGAUUACAAUGUACUUCAAAUUUGGAAGUGAGGAUGGAUUUUCGGUCUUUGAGGGCAUGAUUGAGAGAGAUCUACUCACAUGGAAUGCCGUUUUGGCAGGAUGUGCACAUAACGGACUGGGUAAAGAAGCCAUAACAUAUUUCCGAAGGAUGAGAGUUGAAAGAAUUCUUCCGGAUGAAAACAGUUUUUUGGGGUUGUUAUGUGCAUGCAGCCGUGCAGGAUUGUUAGAGGAAGGGAGGUCGUAUUUGGAUUCCAUGCGUAAAGACUAUGGGAUCAAGCCAUCGGUAUACCAUUAUACUUGCAUGGUUGAUCUUCUUGGUCGGACUGGUAGGCUUUCUGAAGCCGAGGCAUUGGUUGAAAGCAUGCCUGUCGAGCCUGAUUCUGUGCUUUGGGAAUCCCUUCUUGGUGCCUGCCAGAUCCAUUGCAAUAUCGAGCUUGCUGAGAGAAUUGCCGAAAGACUCUUCCAGAUGGAUACACUUAGCUCAGGGACAUAUGUGUUAUUGUCUAAUUUAUAUGCCUCACACUGCAAAUGGGAUAAAGUAGAAGAAAUAAGAGAGCUGAUAAAAACAAAAAGAAUGCCUAAAGAACCUGGAAUCAGCUGGAUUCACAUCAAGAACAAGCAGUAUACUUUCUAUACAGCUGAUAAGGGUCAUGGUUGUAUUGAACAGAUUCACACUCUCUUAGACGAAUAUUGUGGGUUUUUGAAACUAACAGGGUAUGUGCCUAAAACGGAGUUCGUUCUUCAUGAUGUGGACGAGGAGCAAAAGCAUAAUCAACUCCUGUACCACAGUGAGAAACUUGCUCUUGCCUUCGGGAUUUUGAACACGCCUGAUAAGUCACCGAUUUUGAUCACGAAGAACCUUCGUAUUUGUGGUGAUUGUCAUGCUUUUAUGAAGUUCAUGUCCAAUGCUACUCAAAGAAAGAUCAUUAUUCGAGAUAGGAAACGAUUCCAUCAUUUUCGAGAUGGUGUAUGUAUGUGUGGUGACUACUGGUGAGACAUUGAUUGUAAGUUGAAUCUUGAUAGAAGUACUUGGAACUACUGAAAUUGUGGAUGUUGUAGAGUGAGAUUAGUAUGGGGUUGCAGUGUUGUGGCUUGCUACUCGUAUACUCUAUUGAGAGUGUCGGGAAAAUCCAUCAAAGGAUGUCCUCAUCAAGCCUUUUGCCAAAGUUCAGGAUCGACAUCUUUAGUUGCGUCAGCUGCUUCCUUAGACUUUGCCUAUGAUCAAAGACAUUGUGGGCAUAAGCUUGAACUUCGAAAAGCGUGACCCUAGAGAGAUACUGGCUUCGGAUAAUAAGAGCUUUGACACAUUUUUUU